AUGAGCCGAUGGUACAGCAUUGGUGGCCAGUGGCUCAAUGGGGUCCUGCCCCAUUACGUGUCUAGGGAUCGGAAGCCGGAGUCCGGCUGUGAUAUCUGGACUGCUUGCUGCGGGAAGGGCCACUUUUUAUUAAAGUUGGAGCUUGUGCAGUCGGCGGAUGACGAGAGAAAACAUGAAACUGACCAUCAACAUGGUACAGCGACAACUCUGCGUUUGGUACAGAAGAACUUUGGCAGCACCGCCACUAAGAUGUUUCCCAUGACGAUUCUGGGCCGCGAAGAACUGACUGGAGAGGGAUAUUGGUUCUCCAUGGUGACCACAGAUUCAGCUAAUAACCAGUAUAUUGCAUUGGUUUGGUCUGAUAGAAAUAUAAUGUAUUUCAUCAGCACUGGUCUGGUGCGGCAUUGGCUCAUCCCCAUCCUCGCUCCUCGACCGAAUUAUGACGGAUAA